CCAACCCUCCGCCCCACCACGCUCUCCCCCCUCAUCACCCCACACUCCCACCAUCACACCCCUCUUCUCACCUCGAGGACAGCAGCAGCAGCAGCAGCGGCAGCUCCCUGGUGCUGCCUGCGCCGCACUCGGGCCCCUUUAUGGAGGGACGGGAGUGCGAGACGCCCACUUUCAGAGGCAGGGGGGUGCCAAAAAACGAUAGAGGGGGAGGGGCAGCGGCUGCUGUUGCUACAACAGAGGUGGAGAACGACGGAGAGAAGACCUCGGAACCUCCGGAAAAAAUCAAGGAAUUAUUGAAGGAGUUCCAAGACAUUCUUCCUGACGAUCUUCCGAACGAGCUACCGCCAUACCGAACGCAUCAACACGAGAUCGUGGAGGAACCGGGUUCGAAACCGGCCUUCCGAGCACCAUAUCGGCUCAACCCUACGGAGCUGGCCGACAUGAAAAAACAGAUCGAGUAUCUCCUAGCCAAAGGACUCAUCCGACCAUCCACUUCACUGUACGGUGCCCCAGUACUCUUCACACCGAAACCGAACGGAAGCCUGCGCAUGUGCAUCGACUACCGAGCUCUUAACAAGCAGACCAUCAAGAAAAAAUACCCGAUACCACGAAUCGAUGACCUGCUUGACCAGCUUCGGGGAGCUACGGUAUUUUCCAAACUGGAUCUACGGUCCGGAUACUGGCAGAUAAGGAUGGCGGACAACUCUAUCCAUAAAACUGCUUUCCGAACUCGGUAUGGAUCGUACGAGUAUUUGGUAAUGCCGUUCGGACUCACCAACGCACUGGCAACGUUCCAAGCCGAAAUGAACCACAUUCCACGACCACUUUUGGACGAGUGUGUGGUGGUGUACCUGGACAACAUCCUCAUCUACUCACGCGACAUGAAGCAACACGUCGAACACCUGCGACGCGUCUUCGAAAUUCUUCGACGAGAACGGUUCUACGUCAAAGUGUCCAAGAGCAAAUUCGCCCUUGAGAAGGUCCAGUUCCUAGGACACCUGGUGAGCGCUCAAGGAGUUCACGUCGAUCCCCAAGAAAAUCGAAGCCGUACGUACGUGGAAGACACCCGAGAACGUGAAGGAGUUGCAGCAGUUCCUAGGCUUCGCUAAUUACUACGACAGGUUCGUGCCACA